AUGUCUGGGAUUGGGCCCCAACUCCCGCCGCAUCUGCAAAACCGCAAGAGAAGCCAUGACGAUGAAGAUGAUGAGGCUGGAUCGUCCGACUCUUCGACUGGCCCUCUUCCUCCGUCGAAAUCUGCGCAAGAAGGCACAAGCUCCUCUGCAAAGCGACCUCGAGUCGUCGGUCCAACCCUCCCACCUGCACCUUUGGACGAACGCCCACCUUCGAAUCCUCAACGACCAACAGAGGAAAGCGACUCUGACUCGGAUAAGGAUGAUGAUGACGAUGAUUUCGGCCCGAGUCUACCCUCAGCCAACGACGGCCCUACCAAGUCUUCAGCGUCCUCGUCGAUGGGUCCGCAGGUCUCUACAGCUACAGCGCCAACGGGGCCAGUGAAGCGUGACGAAUGGAUGACUGUGGCACCAUCCAACGGAGAUUGGACCGCAAGAGUCGAUCCCACCAAACUGAAGAAUCGUAAAUUCAACACUGGGCGCGGGGCAAAGGGCCCAUCACAAGUGGCUGGGGGCACGGGAGAUUCGUCGUGGCAUGAAACCCCGGAGCAGAAGCAAGCAAGAUUGAAAAGAGAGGUCAUGGGCAUCAGUGAUGCUUCUGCAUCAGCCAGGUCGUCGAAUGCUGGUUCAGCAAGAAAUCCUCAUGACGAAGCCACGGCACAAAGGCUGAAGGAAUACAAUAGCAAGCCGCUGGAUGAUGAUCCCAGUGCCCGUGCCUUUGACCGGCAAAAGGACAUCGGGUCUGGUUCGAGCAUCACCGCCACUCAGCGCAGGGACAUGGUGAAGAAGGCCUCGGAUUUUUCAUCGAGAUUUGAGAGGGCGAGGUAUUUGUGA